UUUAGAAGAAUGGAUAGUCGAAAAGGGAUAUCGCCGUGGAAUUCUUCACCUCCUCAAGUGACAAAGAUAAGCAAGAAGAAGGAAUCAACAGAUUUUACCAUAAGAAAAGUGCUUGUUACUGUUGCUGUUGUUGUUGUCGUCCUUGCUGUUGGUGUGCAGUAUGUUUAUGUCAACUAUUAUUAUCUCCCAAAUCAGAUUUCCACGAAGUCUAAGCUUCCCACUGUUAGCACAAAACCUGACCCGCGAAUAUGGGGCACUUAUCGGUCCCAUCUGUAUUUUGGACUGCGAGCUCGAUACGAAACGUCGCCACUUUUUGGAAUGAUGUGGUAUCGGCAGCCAGGGAUCGAGGGUCAAUUCCCGCGAAUACGGCAUUGGUGUAAACAGGGUAACGGGGUAACAAAAUAUGCAUGGACAUUAGCGGACGGACAUUCAUUCGGACUACAAACAAUUCACGACGAAUCGUUGGACAUUUUCACAGACUGGAUAAACGAUGGACCCGUAUGGACAGUACGUGUAACCACCACGUCAAAUGUGGAUUCUAAUUUUGCUCUUUUAUUCUAUUUUGCUCUACAGGAUGAUAAUUCUAAACUGCAUUCGUUUUAUCAAUAUGGUGAAUUGAAUUAUUUCACGGGAGAAUCGGAUAUGCUUGGGAAUUUCACUGUUAACAUAGAUACAACAGUAGAUCUUACUUCAAGAUCUUUUCUUGCAUUGAAAACGAACGGCCUUCCGGAUGUUAGUACUGUGGAGGAUAUAAUUUUGUCUUCUACCUUAGUUGAUCGUUCCCAUCGAAAACUGCGCCUUCCUAGUGCUUUUUUUUCCGAAGACAGUGUACCCGGAAACGAACCUCGCCUUAUUGUACUGCAGCUAAAUAUUUUAUCGAAUUCAUCAACGGAAAUCUCUUUUUCCGUAGGAGAAAAAAAAGCCAUAAGAGGCGAUGACUUUUCAAAGUUGUUAGAACAAAGAACUAAGGAGUUCAAUGACAAAUUUGAAGCUGUAUAUGGCUUGUCAGCUAAGGGAUAUCCAGAUUUCUACCAAGAACUUGGAAGAGUUGCGUUGUCAAACAUGUUAGGUACAAUCGGCUAUGCAUAUGGAUCAAAUCGUGUACAAAGCAGCUACUCAUCAAAGCAGUCGCUGUAUGGUCCUCACUCGUUGUUAUCUACUUGUCCUUCACGUUCUGUAUUUCCUCGUGGAUUUUUAUGGGAUGAAGGAUUUCAUCAGUUGCUUCUCAUGAAAUUUGAUCCUGAUUUAUCUUUAGAGAUAGUCGCAUCUUGGUUGGAUACAAUGAAUGUUGACGGUUGGAUACCUAGAGAAAUGAUACUCGGGAAAGAAGCAGAAUUGCGUGUACCUGCCGAAUUCAUCGUCCAACGAGAUACCAUGGCAAAUCCGCCAAUGCUUUUCUAUUUAAUUGAAAAAUUUUUGGAUCACAGCUAUGAAGAAGUGGUGAAGUUUUACCCUCGGUUAAGUCUUUGGCAUAAGUGGUUGAAUUCCACGCAGCACGGGAAAAAGAAUGGCACAUAUCGAUGGCGAGGUAGGAAUGCAACGACAAAUGACGAGCUGAAUCCACGAACACUUCCAAGCGGUCUUGACGACUAUCCGCGUGCAACACAUCCUACCGAUGAUGAAUAUCACGUUGAUUUGUGUUGCUGGAUGGCGCUUUCGGCUCGAGUACUUUCAAAGCUCGCCAAACUUGCUGGAGACUCGCAGAAUGAAGAGAAGUAUUUAGCCGACUAUAACUUCCUUAUGGAUUUUAAUCGCUUUGAUAACCUUCACUGGAGCAAGGCAAGACAAAGGUAUUGUGAUUACGGUCUGCAUAGCAACAAUGUAAAACUGGAAAAGAAAUCUGAUAACGAGAAGGUAAAGCGUGGUUCGAGCUACAGUAUUGCCAAUGAGCCAAUGAAACGUGUGGCGAAAACUUCACCAAAGCUACAAUUAAUUGAAAAUGCCUUUGGAUACGUUUCACUAUUUCCUGUAUUGCUCAAAUUUCUUCCUCAUGACUCCGAUAAGUUGCGAGUAAUUCUCGAGAAUGUUAAAUCGGAGGGAUUAUGGUCUGAUUUUGGUUUACGCUCAAUUGCGCCAUCUUCACCGUACUACAGAGCUCAUAACACAGAACAUGAUCCCCCUUACUGGCGCGGCAGUGUUUGGAUUAACAUCAAUUACUUAAUGCUUGCUGCACUGAAACACUAUUCCGCAAUCGAAGGACCCAAUCGUGAAUUGGCAUUUGGUAUUUAUUCGGAUCUACGGAACAAUUUGGUUACCAACGUUGCGCGGGAAUUUCGAAGGACAGGGUUUUUAUGGGAGAAUUAUAACGAUGAAACGGGUCACGGACAGGGUGCUCAUCCAUUCACUGGAUGGUCAUCACUUGUGCUUUCAAUUAUGGCUGAGCAGUACGAUUAGCUUUUUCUUCGGAUAUAAUAGUUUUUACGGAAAUACUUCAGUAUCUUAAAAUCUGCGCAAUGAAACGAUGUCGACAUUAUCUAAUGGUUGUAAGUACUGGCUAGGUCUUUUCCAACAUGUGCCAUGUUUUGCUCAAUGUAUCAGAACUCCAGUUAUUUUUUGUUAAUUAUAUUGUUCCCAGUUAUUGUUAAAUAUGCUUACAAUAAUAUUGUCUUGACUCGAAAACUUAUUUUCGCUGAAGUCACUUGUGAUGAUACUUGCUGACGGACAUCUGCAUAUAUAUUCACAUUCAAUUUGCUUUCAUUACGGCAGACCUGCAGUUCUUGAGUCAUUACAAGUUUUUGAAACUCAUUUUUUAUUCCGUCAUUAUACUACGCAUCUCCCUACUUCUCAUCAAAUUAUCAUGUCAUUUGUAUGUAGUCGACUCUUACAUUUAUAUGCCUGUAAAUUUUGCAAAGCA